AUGCAAUCUCUACUUCUUCCAGCUCCGUGGUUUUCCAAGACGCAUUUUGGGCCGCACAGAUUCGAUAUCGAUCCUGGCCGUGUGUCUGUCCACUUGCGGCCACCGUCGUCCACGGGGCCGAAGGCCAGUCUUAGGGCAUCUUAUUCGGCUCUCCCUAUGUCUGGCAUUGUGCCAACGGGCACCCGUGCACCACAACGUGCAGACACAAACACCGCAAUAACGCAACGAGAGCAGCGGGGAGGAGAGAACGCAGAGAACCCGGAUUCGGCAGAUCAAACUCGCUCAAAUUUACCCCCGAGGUUACCGACAUUGAUUCCUGUUGAAGGGGCGGGUGUCGUAUCUACUCAACCACCGAGAUUUCUAUCUACCGAAGAAUUGCUAGUCAAUCCGACUACUCAGGUGCCCAGCAUCAGCUCUACAAUCUCGUUAUCGCAGGUUAUAUCGGGGUCUCCACAACUCGGACUUCACGGUGUGCCAACCUCCAGCGCCAUACGAGCUUUACCACCGAGGUCUACAAGACGUGCUAAGGCGCAUGUUGCUUCGGCUUGUGUGAAUUGUAAAAGAAAGCAUUUGGGUUGUGACUCCGCUAGGCCCUGCAGGCGAUGCGUUUUAUCAGGAAAAGCGUCGACAUGUGUAGAUGUCACACACAAAAAAAGAGGACGUCCGCCCCUUAAAGCCGAAGAAACACCUUUAAGAGCAGUGCCUACUCUAGACAGCUCAGUGACUCCGCGAGAGCAUUACCCAACGGCAGCGAGCGCGCGAGGGCCGAGUCACUCCAAGACAUCUUCACGAGAAAUUCGACCAGUGACCGACUUGCAACACUCCCGAACACUAGAACAUGGCCCGGCAGGAUUAGGUAGCAGUACCAGCCCGUUAGCGGCAUCUUCAGGAAGAUGGCAGCCGUUUACAUCGCCCCAAAUGCUCCCAACCGGUCACAACCAAAGACCUGUAUCAUCCACAGGACCUUCACAAAUAUCUACUAUCAACUAUGUACAUAAUAACCCGUUUACACCGUAUCAUAUGGCGGCAUUUUCACCGCCCACAGGAGCUUCGGAUAUGCCGACAGUGCUGAACUACAAUGAUCGUCCGCCUCCUACUACAACGCCACCGACAGUAUCGCCCCAACAGUAUCAGCAGCAUUUUGCUCCAACGUUGCAAUCACGCAUAAGCCCGCAGACCCCUAGUCGCGGCUUGGAAGUUGUUCCAGGACCUUCUUCAUUAGGGUUUCGGGAGCCUUACACCGAGCCAGGUGUUCGUCUACCACCUAUCCUCCCUUCUCCGCCUACAUUUGCUGCUCAUACCUCGACACAUCCACAUCGUCGAAGCGAUUCAUAUCCUAAUAUAUUCACAUAUCAAAGCCUGAGCACUAGUCCUCAACAGCAGCAGCAGCAGCAGCAUGAACCUCCUUCAUCCUCGUCAUCAUCGCAACAAUUUACCCGCCCUCAGGAGUCUCCGCGCUCCAUGUUUGAGCUUCGAUCAUCAUAUCCUCCGGUUUCUGGACCUGCUGUUGGUUCCCAUGAAAGAAGUCCACCAUAUAUCCCUCAGACUCAACGGCCAUAUAGCAUGAUCAUGCCAUCAACAACGACUACCACUACCUCUCCAGUCUACAGUGAACGACGACGAAAGAGCACGACUAGUCACAGCGAAGAUAAUCCGCAGCCAGCGAAAAGACGACGAAUGGCAGUGGACGAUAUCGUGAACGACUAG